ACAAGUAAUAAUUUUGUUAAACAAGAACUAGAAGUGAAUAAAAUAAGUAUAGAAACAACAAACAUAGAUAAAUCAUCUAGUCUAGAGCUUAUAGAAAUAGAGAUGACCCCAGAUGAAACUCAACCUAAAGCAAAAGCAAAAGCAAUAACUAAAAACGUAAUAAAGAAAUUAGAAGAGCAAACAAGAUUAGAAUUAGAAGAUAUAUAUAUUUACAAAAGCAGAAACAAAAAAGCUAAUAUAUAUGAAAACAAAAAUGAAAAA